AUGACGCAAGCAAAAGCACCCGAAUGGCAAGAGCUGUUCCUUCUGCUUUUGCAGUGCACCUUCCUCAUCAACCGCACCUUCCCUCCCAACAUGCGUAUCCUCAUCACCGGCUCCUCGGACGGCCUCGGCCUCCUAACCGCCCGCCUCCUCACCUCCCGCUCCCACCAAGUCAUCCUCCACGCCCGCAACCCCUCCCGCGCAAACGACGCAACUACCGCCUGCCCCUCCGCCCACGCAACAAUAAUCGGCGACCUCUCCACCCUCGCAGGCAUAAAAGCUUUUGCAAAAGAAGCAGAUGCACAUGGCCCUUUUGAUGCCGUGAUGCACAACGCAGGACUUUAUCUAGGUCCUUUUCGAAGGACGGAGGAUGGGUUACCGGCGUUGGUUGCUGUGAAUACGGUGGCGCCUUAUGUGUUGGCUUGUUUGAUGCAGAAGCCGGGGAGGUUGGUGUUUGUGUCUUCGCAGUUGCAUCGGAAUGGCGAUGCUGGGUUGAGGGAUGUUGAUUGGAAAGAGAGAGGGGAGGAGAAGUGGAAUUCUGGACAGGCGUAUGGGGAUAGCAAGUUGCAUAAUAUCAUGUUUGCAUUUGCCUUCAACAGGCAUUAUGCUAUUCCCACGGCGAGCGUGGAUCCUGGAUGGGUGCAGACGAAGAUGGGAGGGCCGAGUGCAAUGGAUGAUUUGGAUGCUGCUGUGGAGACGUUUGCCAUGGUUGCUACUGGGGAAGGAGACUGCAAGAACAAGGACGUCGGACAUUGGUAUCAGAUGAAGGAGAGAGACUUCAGCCAAGAGGCAAAGGACGUCGAGACGCAGGAGAAGCUGUUGAACAUCUUGGAGCGUGUUUCGGGAGUCAAGAUACCAGAGUAA